AUGUCGUGGUCAGGCCCCUCCCACAACGAGAAGCCCCCCGUCCCCACGGGCGAGCACCAGCAACAGACCUUCCCUCCCCCUCCCACCGACCAAAAGACCGAGCUGCCCGCCGGCCAGCAGCCGUACUUCCCCCCGCCGCCUCCCGGCCCUCCCCCCGCGAACCAGCCGCAGUACACCCACGCUCCCCAAACCCAGCAGCAGCCGCAAUACGGCGCCCCGCCCCAGCAGCAGCAGCAGCAGUACGCUCCUCCUCCGGCCCAGCAUCAGGCCGACUACAACCCGGCCCAGUACGGCGGCGCCGGCCACCACUACACGGCCCCCGGCGCCGACCACACCGACCCCGCCGCCUCCCAGGCCGCCGCCGCCUUCGCCGCGACCGCCCCCGAGGCCAUCAAGCCCCAGAAGCAGCACAAGGGAUGGGGCGAGCGCCUGACCCAGAUCGGCAUGAAGGCCGCCGGGCCCAUCAACGCCAUGGCCAACAAGAUGGGCUCCCAGAGCUUCCUGCCCACCACCAUGGACAAGGAGUGCGAAAAGGCGGCCAAGAUCCUGCAGAGCUUCUGCAAGGAGGGCAUCGCAUCCGACGUCCCGCCCCAGCAGCCGGCCUCCGAGAAGCUUGAGCCCGGCAAGACCGACGCCGGCAGCGGCUCCUCGCGCCCCGUCACCCCGAACAAGGCCAAGAAGGAGCAAAAGGCCAUCGUCAAGAUCCCGAGCAAGGUGAUCAACAAGGCCGUCGGCCUCGCCAUCUUCACCACCUUCCGCGCCGGCUUCCAGUUCUCCGGCGCCACCGGCUCCGGCGUCCUCAUCGCCCGCCUGCCCGACGGCUCCUGGGGCCCUCCCUCGGGCAUCCAGGUCCACGCCGUCGGCGCCGGCUUCAUGAUCGGCGCCGACAUCCACGACACCGUGCUCAUCAUCAACUCCCGCGAGGCCCUCAACGCCUUCCUCGGCAACCGCGUCAGCCUGGGCUCCGACGUCGCCGUCGUGGCGGGCCCCUACGGCGCCGGCGGCGUCAUGGACGUCGGCGCCAGCUUCGGCGGCAAGUCGCAGAAGGAGGGCGAGCAGAAUGCCGCGGACGAGGCCGCCGCCGCUGCUGCUGCGGCCAAGCCUGCGGACGACGGCAAGCUGAAGCCCGAGGACGACAAGAAGGCGAAGCGCAGGAGCAGCAGCACGUCGCUGAAGCCCAACUUCUCCUACGUCAAGUCGCGCGGCUUCUACGCCGGCGUCCAGGUCGACGGCACCGUCGUCACCGAGCGCAAGGACGCCAACGCGGCCUUCUACGGCCAGAAAGUGUCGGUCGACCAGAUCAUCAAGGGCCAGGUCCCUCCCCAGGGCCCCGCCGGCCAGUGGCCCGGUGGCGCGCACCUCUUGUACGAGGCCCUGCGCACCGCGGAGGCGCAGCAGCCCCUCCCCGAGGCUAACCUGCCUCCCCCGGCCCCCGUCCCGGCCACCGGCCCCGUUCCGACCACCAGCCCCGGCCAGGCACCUCCGGGCUACGGCCAGCAGUCGCCCCCGGGAUACGGACAAUCGCCCCAGGGCUACGGGCAGUACCCCCAGGGUGGCCCGCUGGGAUCCCACCCUCCCCAGAGCGGCCCGACUGCCUCGGGAGCACUGGGCGACGAGCAGCUCCCGGGCUACGUCGAGGACAACGUUCCUCGUCCCGGCGUGGGAGACCACAAGCAGCAGUACCAGUGA